UAAAACCACGUGAACAACGAGACGGAAGUUUAGUCCCGGGAUAACAGGAAAAUGAAGAAGAGGGGAUUACUUGGUCGAUAAGCUUGUUUUAACAUGGCAUGAACUACAUCUAUAAUGGCGAUUUUACGAGGACUACUCGUCUUAUUUGUGUUGUUCGGGAGUAUUCCCAGCGGUAACACCCAAAACGUCACAGAUGAAACCACGGUGGCUGAAGACACCACAACAGAAGCUGUCACAAGCGUAACCACAGAAACCAGCACCGCAAUGGAAGCCGACACCACAGAGUCAUCCACAAAUGUAACAGUUGCCAUGGUUACCAAUGCAACAACCACGGUAAUGAUGACGACAACAGCGGAAAUGGAAACAGAACAGACUACCAUGGAAACCACAACGAUGUAUAUUCCAAUGACGACGCUCGCACCAAUCAUUUUAACCAACUGUACGCAUAACGAUAACUGCACCGCUUCCAAUUCAGUGUGUAACACAACUUUAGAAGUUUGUCAGUGUAAGGAUACAUUUGUGCUGGUCAACGAUACUAUUUGUCGAUCAGUUAAUGAAUUCAAAGCUAUGGUCACGUUAAAAAACGUCACUGAUAAUUCAAUCUUGGUGGAUUGGACGACGGUAGACAUCAGCGGUGUUGACGUUUAUUAUGAGGUCAUAUUCAACAUUACGACGUUACCAAAUAUUACUUCCCCACCCCAACUCAUCACAAACUUGUCGAACGGAGAGGUCCAGUCUAUACAGGUUACAUCGAUCGUCAAGGGACGAGACGACAGGAUAGAGAUAGUAAUGUCUGAUGUAUCUUUCAUAAGAACAGCUCCACUGACGCCUGAAUUCAACAUUACACCUUAUGAAGCACCAAACGUCACGAUUAUUUGGACGCCUAGAAAUCCGGACGUUGAUUUAUAUUACAUAUAUCUAAAGGGUCACGAUAAUAUGUCCAUACCAAAUUCAACAAACGAAACAUCUCUUUCAUUAACUGAUCUAAAACCAGGUAGAAGUUACAUGUUUACCGUGAUUCAACAAACAAACGGACCAUAUGCAAGUAACAGUUCAGAGGCAACCCUAAAUAUUCGAACAGAAUCGACGGUACCAGGUCCGCCAGUGGCUGUUGAGGUAGUUGACGUUGGACAGAGAAACAUCUCAAUAAAUGUGACAGACACGGACAUGCCUAAUGGUGACAUCAUAGGUUACCUCUUUCACAUCAUGUACAAGUUGUAUCCAGACGAAAAGGGGUACAUUGUGAAAGUAAAACUCUUAAAGAAUAUGAAUUCCAACAUCUAUGUCCUUGAGAGACAUAUUUAUCCAGGGGCCCAAUACAAGAUAGCUGUAUUCACUGUCAAUGACGCUUUCAACAGCUCGUUGAAUGUAACUCUACAAGAUAUAACAACAUUGCCUGACACACCAGGUCAAGUGGACGUACAUACGCCAUCAUACAAUAACCAAACAAUUAAAAGUGCUGUCAUUUUAUGGGACCGACCUUCACAUCCAAAUGGAAACAUGAAAGCCUACAGAGCUGUGCUAGAGAGUGGUCCAAAUAUUACGAACUGUCGAAUUUACUAUUUGUGUUUUGAUGUCUGCAAUAAUACACUUUUGGGUCCUCCAAAUGACACUUGCACGAUAAGCAAUGACACCACUGUUAUGGAACACCAAAAGAGGAUAUCUCUACUCGUGGAUAACCUUAGACUAGGCACUACCUAUAGAUUGAGUGUAGUGGGAUACAACGAAGCAGGAGAAGGAAAGAUCCCGCGGCUUAUCUCCCUAACAACAAAGAGCAUAAAGCCAGAUCCGGUAAAACUUGAAACUUUUAACAUUGAUACAUCAAGCCGUGUUGUGACGUGGACAUCUCCACCUUUCCCCGGAGAUGACUUAAAAUACAGUGUGUCUCUAGAAGACGCUCUCAAAGGAGGCGUUCUGAGCCGUUCAACCACAUCUGCUUCCUCUUUUAACAUCCAAAACAGACUUUACAACUAUUACAACUACACUGUAGUUGUUGUAGCGCACACGUCUGCUGGAUCAGCGACUCCUAGCCGGUAUCCUUUUACCACAUCGUCUGCAGGAAAACUAGGAGCUCCGCAAGGACCAAAGAUUAUAGAAUAUACGUGUGAGAGAAUUAAAAUUACUUGGUUUGAGCCGGAUGUCAGGACACGGAAUGGACCUAUAACAGGAUACAAAUUCAAAAAUAAAGAUGGCAAUGAAGUUUGGACUUAUACAAUAAGUAGACCAGAGUACUGGGCAACACAAAGCAAACAAUUUACACAUGACUUGAAUAUUAAACAGUUAACUUCGUAUUUUAUUGAGAUGUACGCUUUCAGUUCCAUAUCAAACCAAGAGGGCAACAUUUUCACAAUUAGAAAGUUCCAAUCCACUGAAUGUCCAAAAGACAAUACUCCGGAAAUCGUGGGGAUCGUCUUUGCGUUCUUGAUUCUCCUGGGUAUCUGCUUAGCUGUUAUCAUAUUCGUCUACAGAAAGAAAGUCCGGGAAAUGUAUCAAAGAUUGAAUAAAGAGGAAACGUAUACUAAUGGCCCAAAUGUUCGGCCAGUUCAAGGUGAUGGUGGUAUAACCCCAAUUCCCGACGAAGAAAUCGAAUUGAACAGACCUUUCAUUCUGUCCGAUGCCCAGAAAGCCUUCGAAGAAAAAUCUGCAGACUCUAACAGGCUUUUCCUUAUGGAAUAUGAUGAUAUAAAGAAACUGAGUCAAAUUGAGGGACGGAAGCGGACAACAAAUGCAGCAAAUAUUGACGCCAAUAAAGCCAAGAACCGAUAUGUUAACAUUUUAUCCUAUGACCACAGUCGAGUCAAACUUCGGAUGAUUGACGACGAUCCUUGCAGUGAUUACGUCAAUGCUAAUUAUAUCAUAGGGUACACGUAUGAGCGGGAAUACAUCGCCAGUCAGGGCCCGCUUCCUGGGACGGUGAACGACUUUUGGCGGAUGACGUGGGAGCAGAGCGUCACUAUCAUUGUGAUGCUAACUAAGUGCAAAGAGGGGAACACGAAUGAAUUCUUUGGUCUAGAGGAUAAAUGUGAACAUUACUGGCCUGAUACAGUUAAUGAACCCAAACAAUAUGGCGACAUCGUGGUUAAUCUAAUAUCUGUGUCAAAUAUGGACAAAUUUGACAUAAAUAUCUUCCAGGUUUCUCAGGGAGAUUACACUCGAACCAUUAAACACUUCCACUUCCUUGAGUGGCCCGAUUUCUCGGCCGCCGUGGAUUCUACAGUGGUGAUUGAUUUCAUUCAGACAGUUAGAACUCACAUCACACCGGAAGUCAAAGGUCCACUUCUAAUUCACUGCAGUGCUGGGGUGGGACGAACUGGCACAUAUAUCACUAUAGACUACUUACUACAAUUCGUUCGGGACCACGACCUUGGUCAGUCUGUAGAUAUCUUUGCCUGGGUUGUACAGAUGCGCAAAAAUAGAGUUUCCAUGGUGCAAGUAGAUAAACAAUAUAUAUUCAUACAUCGAGCCUUAACGGAACUGAUAGAUAGGAAACGGAACGGUCUUCUUCAGAGUCAAGAUGACACAACUAUUUUAAAUGAAAUAGUGUAUGAAAAUACUGCAUUCCAGAGCGAUGAUGAUGAAGAAGAAGAGGAAGAAGAAGACGAAGAUGAAGAGGCGGAUGCAAUGUACGAAAAUUCCAUGAAGAAAGUCCCGGAUGAACAUACAACAGAGCUGUAGUUGCCACAUGGCUAGCACGUGAUCAUUCUGAAGCCGUCACGUGACCAAGAACUACUGUUUAGUCAAAACAUCACGUGACGGGAAUUUUCAGCAGCCGUUGAUCAAAAAAGCAUCAACCAAUCCAUGUCACCCCAUACUGACUCAUAUACAGUCCAAUGUCUUCCUUUUGUGGGGAAAUGAAUAUUGCAUUUAAUGAUGAACGCUUUUUUAAUUGACUGCUAAGCGUUCAUAAAGUUAUAGAAAAAGUAACGAAUUUUUCAAUUUUAUUUUUUUUAACAGUAUGUAACUGAUAUAAUUUCAUGUGUGCUUGGUGGUUUACGUAUAGUU